AUGCCAGUUGGUAGCCUGACUGCAACAAGCAACAUUGAGUGCGCUACUUUUGUGCGGGAGCCCCUGCAGGUUGGGCCUGAGCCCUCCUAUCGCCAAUCACGCAUAGGAGGUGCUCAGCUUGCGGCAGCACUACAAAGAGAGGCGCCUAAUUUACGCCACCCCUCAAUCAUGCAGCCUGGCAAGAUCCUGUUCUGCGCUUUCCUCGAUGAAGAACACCAGGGCCCUCGAGAAGUGGCCCAGAACGAUGACAACAAUUAUGCCUUGGGCAGGGUCGGAAGUCAUAAUAUUGUGAUUGUCGUCUUGCCCGACAGGGUGUACGGUACGGCCGUUGCCGCGACCGUAGCAAGAGACAUGCUUCAUAGCUUCCCGAAUAUCCGCAUCGGGCUCAUGGUCGGUAUCGGCGGCGGUGUGCCAAGUCUAAAACAUGAUAUACGUCUCGGUGACAUUGUGGUCAGUAGCCGUGACGGCGGGAAAGGCGGGGGUGUUCCAAUAUGA